CGGAAUUGCGCGAAAGUUACAGCGACUUUCAGGUUUUUCCUGUGUUGUCACUCUGAAUAGAUUGGGAUCUCAAGACGACUUAAGAAACAUCUGUAAAAUGGAACCUUCAGACUGGCAAACCAAGUUAUCUUCCUUCAAAGAACGUCAUCUGUACGCCUACAACAAUUCCUCGUUCUGUGAUGUAGAGUUUUCUGUGAUGGAUGCUAAUGGUGACAAAGUCACUAUUCCAGCAAACAAGUACGUCCUGGCUAUCAGUAGUCCUGUCUUUCAGGCCAUGUUCUACGGGAAAUCAGCAGAGACUGGACGAACUAUCGAUCUACCAGACUGUACCAAGGAAGGGCUACAAGAAAUGCUACGAUACUUCUAUUCAGACGAGGUCAACUUAACUGGAAGUAAGGUUUUGGAUGUUCUCUAUUUAGCAGAGAAGUAUAUGUUGCCAUUCCUGAAGGAGAAAUGUGAGGAACAUCUUCAAAAGGAGCUUAAACCAGAAGAAGUGUUCCACGUAUUACCACAGAUACGUAACGAGAAAGUUGAACAGAAGUGCUGGGAUAUGGUGGAUAGCGAUGCUGAAAGAGCUGUGUCUUCCGAGUCAUUUCUGAAUGUUUCAAAGGAAAUGCUGUGCAAAGUGCUUGGUAGAGACACCAUGUCCAUUGAUGAAGUGGUUUUAUUCCAAGCAGUGGAAAAAUGGGCCUUGAAUAAACUCAAAGAACAAGGUUUGGAAGAGAGCAUGGAGAAUAAGAGAGCAGUACUUGGGGAAGAAGUGAUCAAACUUAUUCGAUUUCCACUGAUGUCACAGAAGGAGUUUGCAGAGAAGGUUCUUCCGAGUGGGAUUCUGAAAACGGAUGAAGAGACUGAAUUGACUCAGUUUUUUAAUGGAACAGUUCCGCGAUCGCGUUCAUUCAGCAAUGCGAAAAGAGGAAAAUCGCAAGUCUUUUUACCAAAAAUAAGGUUCGAUUCGAUAAUAAAGCCUUGUGAUGCCCCUUCGCAAUGCUUCGGUGUUCCGGAAGCAAUAGAUUUCAAGGUCAACAACCCCCUCUCCCUCGUUGGUGUUAGACUCUUCGGUGCUAAAGGUUCUACAUACGACGUUACCCUGGCUUUAUAUAAGAGUGAUCAAAAAAUAACAGAGAUUUCCUCCGCCUUACCAACUGAAGAUGAGGAGACGGGGGAUGGUGUCAGCGGACUCUUCGGUGCUAAAGGAUUUACAUACGAAAAAAUAACACAGAUUUCCUCCACCUUCCCAACUGAAGAUGAGGAGACAGAUGGUUAUUAUGGAUUUACCAUUCUUCUUGAUGAGCCUGUUCCUUUGGACCCAGAUGUCGUCUACACUAUCGAAGCUACCAUAUCAGGUCCAAAUUUCUAUCAUGGGAAGCAGGGUAAAACUACUAUUGCAUUUGAAGAUAUGGUCAUUACGUAUCUGGACUCAAGGGUACCAACCUGUCGUACAUCUUCACAGGAAGGCCAAUACCCCUCGUUGUUAUUCAGAAGACCAUGAUAAGAAAUACUGACACUUUCUGCUUUUGUCAUCAACGGCAUCUAUUGUGCCAGUUAAUCAUUUUAAGCUUUUUAAAAGCGAGAAGGCAUUACGAUAGAUACUUGGGUUUGGUUGGUCUUUUAGUUCUUAGAUAUAUUGUCUAGUAAUCUCAGGUAUUUUGAACGAAAAAGUGUAUAUUACUAGCCAAGAACACUUAGAAACAAAAGUAAAUACCUUUACGGGUCUUUGUUUGGCUCAUGCCGGGGUGAAUUCUUAGCUAUUUGCAGUGACAGCUAAAUAUAGUCCACAACUAAAUACAAUUAAGAGUUACAUAUAUAGCAAGAAAUCGUAUCACGGAUAUAUGGCGUGCACUCUAUUGUAUUGGACUUUCUAUCACAUGGGUUAUAAUUAAUUAUUGUAUUCAUUAUUGCAAAUAUAUAUAUAUCUUGUAUAUUUUAUCCAAAAACAGAUAAGAAUAAUUUUAGCAACAAUUAGUAUGCACUAGGGAAUUAGAUCUGCAGGUGGGUAGAGAGGGGGGUAUUGUAACGGGUUUCCAAUUUGUGCUAAUAAUUCCUACAGCCUUUGAAAUCUUCAAAAGGUUUUUGGUAUUUUGAACGAUGUCAUUCUAAAAAAAUUGAUAUCGUAUCUGAUAUCGUCAAAGCCAACCGUUUCAGGCAGGAACUAUUGGAUAUCAAUAAAACAAUAAAAAUAUAGUAUUAAAGGAUCGAAAUUCAGUUUAGACUUUAGGCUCUCAAUAUCUUUCAUGUAUAAAAACCUGCUUGGACCUAAUUUAUUUAAAAUCAUGAUUUCAAGGGUCUAUGGUACUAAGAUUUCGUAGCUUUGUUGCAGUCUAUACCGUUUAGUAUAUUUCUACGCAUACAUACAUACUCAGUGUGGUCUACUGAGUACUCUGUAUUUGACUAAAUAACGAUUAAUAUUGGUAGCCACGUUAUGGAGCAAAGGACUGUGGGAUAAAAUGUGAGGAUGCAUAUCAAACAAUGAGUGUCAAAGUUCUCUUUCUCGGUCUUAAAAAAAGGGACUGGGGAGAAGCUUGUUUUUUUUUUUUUUUUUUUUUUUUUUUUUGUAGUUUUUUCUUGUUUUUCGUCUUCGCCAAGCUCAUUAAUGUCUCUCAGCCGUUUCGCCAGCCGACGAACACGAGUGUUCGCCAUCUUUGUCCUCAGGGUAAAGACCCGCAAUCCAAAUAUGGAAUUAUGUAUGGAGCAAAACUUGAUAUGAGAAUAAAAAUGUUAAAGUUAAA